CCACUCCCGACUUUAAUCUCUCUCCUCACCACGUUUCCCCUCUUUCAUACUUCUGUCUUCUCUCGCUACCAUCUUACUCGUGAUAUCUGGCAUCAAACAGUGUCAUCCCUUUGUCUCCUUAUUCCGCCUUCGUUCCCCCGACUUCUGGUUCCCCCAUUACGCCGAGCCCACUUCGAAACUCCGCCACCCGCCGACCUCGGGGUUUCAAACCACUUGAGCUCCCUUCUAUGUCACGCCCCUUGAUACUCAGUUGAAUUGGUUGCAAUUGAAGGUAUAUGGUCUAUCUGAGCCGCAGCUUGUGUUGGAUCGAUCGUGAGUAUGGAGAAACCUGGAGAGGGCAAGGAGAGCGCGGAUAAUGCUCCUAUUAGACCGGUAUCGUCACUGCUGUCGCAUUUCGAGAACCUUACCACCCGCCGCCCGUCUCCGUCUGCCCAGUCGCGCGAUUCAUUGUCCGUCCUGAAAUCCUCCGAGCCAACUGAUGAUUUCCGGGCCCGGGCUUCCCUCGACUUGCCUCGUUCGCGUUCCCCCUGGGCCUCGACAUCCGAUCUGCAACAUGAUGACCGCUCUGGAUUCGUCCCGACGAAUGGGUAUUCGGCGAGGAACAGUGGAUCGCCCGGGAGAUUACCGGGAAGACGGCAAAGUCGGCCAAUGUCGAUGAACUUCCGCUCCUCGCCGCAGCUGGCGCCGACUCUGACGGUGGACUCCCCGCGGUCACCCCCGCGGGAAUUGGGGAGCCCAGUACAUCGCGACCAUGAUUUUCGGACCUCUCGCAGCCCCGGCAACCAUGUGCGGGACUCGUUGCCCGCGAUACCCCAGCGCCCGUUCAAUCGGGCGAUCUCCCCCAUGUCCGCUUCGUCGGUUCCAACGGAGCAGAAGGUCUCCCACUUGUCCCCGAGCGCGUCGAACACCAUCAGCGUGGGGGAGGAUGGCAUGUCGGGUCGCAAGUUGAAAAGUGCGUCGCUGCCUCCGCCUGCGAACCGCGCGGCAAAGCCCAAGAUUCCGGCCAAACCGGCGGCGUUGGCCCACCAGGAUGGAGGUUGCUUGGCUCCUCGGUCGGAGCGUGCGGUUUCCGAGGAGCGGGUUUCACCGUUCAGUACACCUCCGAGUAGCCCGGAGAAAUCGCCGAAGCAGUUGUCCACAUCCAGAGCGUCGACCUUCCCGCAUUCGCUGUCGCAGCCGGAACGUCCAAGUCCGAGCCCGUUGAUAGGGAGAGGGUCACCCGCUCCUCCGAUACAUACAAUGCAUAGCGCACGGGAGUCGUCGUUGUCUCGGCCGUCGGGAAUGUUCGGGGCUCCGCAACCUCCAGUGCACUCGAAACCAUUGAUGGUUCACAUUCCCCAGGGACCGUCCGUGCAGCCACGAUCGCUGGCGAGCGCACCCACAGCCGGUCCGCCGCUGUCUAACCGGUUACAAGCCAUCGACAGCCCAUACGAGCGGCCGGGUCUCCCCCCACGGCGUCGCGCCUCGCGGUCUCCGUCCCGACCUGCGUCCCGCCUGGAACCCGCGUACACCGGUCCUGUCUCGCGGCCGGGAUCGCGAGCAUAUGCUCAUGGUGAACUGCAGACUCCCAGCCAGGUUCAACGGCAACCGUCGUUUUCUCGCGACACCAAACCCGGAGUUGCCCGGCCGCUCGCAGAACGGCCUAGUGUCGAGCCGCCCGUUAUUGAGCAACCGGUCGUUGGGCGGCAACCGGUUCGCCCGAUCCAGACGGACGAAGGCAUCUUGCGAGUGGAUUACCCGGAUACAUCGUGUGCGAACCGACGCCCUCCUGUCCUGAAGAGCGGUCCGCGGGAGAUCAACACGCGGUACGACACUCGUCUGAUGGAUGUGUGUGGGAAGCAUGUGUGCACCACUGGCUAUCUCACGCGGGUGUGGGAUCUCACGGACGGCGAGCAGAUCUUGAGUCUUAGCCAUGGUGAAACCGUGAAGAGUUUGUCGAUCGCUUUCAAACCCGGUACGGGACUUGAGGACGAAGGACAGCGAUUGUGGCUAGGAACAAGUGCCGGUGAACUGCAUGAAGUCGAUAUCCCCACUCGGGCGAUUGUUGCCAGCCGGUCUUAUCCGUCACGCCGGGAGGUCAUCAAGAUCCUUCGACAUAAGAAGGAGAUGUGGACUCUCGAUGACGAGGGUCGCUUGCUUGUAUGGCCGCCGGAUGAAUCGGGAACCCCGCAACUCCAGUACAGCUACCAUAAUCCUUACGACCGUGUCGCGCGGGGGCACACCUUUUCGAUGGUUGUUGGCGAUACCCUCUGGCUGGCCACUGGAAAGGAUGUGCACAUUUACCGGCCCAACGCAGCUGACGAUGUUUCUUUCCGAGUUCUUCAACGGCCACUAGGCGCGCAGCAUACAGGGGAGGUGACGUCGGGUGCCUACACCACCAAACAUGGCGGUCGCGUGUACCUCGGCCAUGCUGACGGCAAGGUGACCAUCUAUUCGUCCGCCGAUUACGCAUGUUUGGCCGUGGUCAACGUCAGCGUGUACAAAAUCAACUGUCUGGGUAUCGUCGGGGACUAUCUCUGGGCGGGCUACAAGACUGGUAUGAUAUAUGUAUACGACACGACUACCAAUCCCUGGACCGUGAAGAAGGAUUGGAUUGCCCAUGACAGCCCGGUGUCCCAGUUCUUGCUAGACUGCAGCAGCGUAUGGACAAUGAACCGGCUCCAGGUGACGUCGUUGGGCUUAGACAACUGCAUCCGCUCGUGGGAUGGCAUGCUGGAGGAUGAUUGGCUCGAUUCUCGGAUGCAAAACAGGGACUUCGAAUACUGCAAGUUCCGGGAAAUCAACGCCGUCAUCAUGACUUGGAACGCUGGUGCCUCUACCCCAGGGAGCGUGCGCACAACCACCUUUAUCCAGGAUGCGAUCCGUCCCGACAACCCGCCGGAGAUUUUGGUCUUCGGUUUUCAGGAGUUGGUCGAUUUGGAGAAUAAAAAGAUCACUGCCAAGAGCCUGCUCAUGGGAAGCAAGAAGAAGGAAACUGGAGAGAAGGAGCACAUGAGCCGGCAGUAUCGUGUGUGGAUGGAACAUUUGACUCGCUGCAUCAACGAGUGCAUGCCUUUGGAUGAGUCGUAUGUGCUGUUGCACAGCGCAAACCUGAUAGGUCUUUUUACGUGCAUCUUUGUCAAGCACAAAGAGCGCCAUCGUAUUAAGGGUGUCAAUGCUGCGGAGGUGAAGCGUGGAAUGGGUGGACUGCAUGGGAAUAAGGGUGCUCUCAUCUUCCGCUUUAUCCUCGACGACACCUCGCUCUGUUUUGUGAAUUGCCACUUAGCUGCUGGACAGACUCAGACGGCAAACCGCAACAAUGACAUCGCGGGGAUUCUCGAGGCGGAAUCACUCCCCGCGGAGCACAGCCCCACAGCUCGAUUGGAUCAUUUCGUCAGCGGCGGUGACGGCUCGAUGAUCAUGGACCACGAGAUCUGUGUCCUCAACGGCGAUCUCAACUACCGCAUCGACUCGAUCCCACGGAACGUGAUCAUCGAAGCCAUCCGGAACAACAACCUGGCCAAACUGCUCGACCGGGACCAGCUGCUAGCAUCGCGGCGCAAGAACCCAGGAUUCCGCCUCCGGUCGUUCAACGAAGCCCCGAUCACGUUCGCCCCGACUUACAAAUACGACGUGGGCACAGACGAGUACGACUCGAGUGACAAGAAGCGAUCGCCUGCGUGGUGUGAUCGCAUUCUGUAUCGGGGCUUGGGACGCAUCAAGCAGUACGACUACCGACGGCUUGAAGUCCGCGCGUCGGACCAUCGGCCCGUGACUGCAUCAUUCAAAUUCCGCAUCAAGACUAUCCUGCCGGAGGAACGCACCACGGCAUGGGAGACCAGCCAGCAGGACUUCCAGGUAGAAAAGCGGCGGCUCGCAUCGGAGGCGAGCAUCGAAUACCUCAUCGGCGUCCUAGGCACGGACCCAAAACAAGCCCGCGCCUUGAUCCUAGGCGCAGGAGCCUAGUCUCCCACUGGCCUAGUCAUUCUCCUUCGCUGACCUGACCCGACCUACAAUCUGGUCUUGUUUAUAUUACCUUCAAUCUGUUUAUUUGUGUUGGACUAUUCUUCUGGUUAGCGGAGGCCGAAACGAUGGGGGACUGCGCAGCAGUCAUGCUGUAUGACUAAUGAAUUUACGAUAGACAUGGUUUUUAUGAGCCAGAGGUGUGUUAGAGCUGCCUUUUCUGAAGGAGGCAGGGGAGCCUGGCACUUGAAUCAUUAAUGGGUGUUGGUGUUGGUGCUGGGGGAUCUACUGUAUGUAUGUACAGCUGUGUAUACGAGGGGGUAGAUGGUAUAUAGUAUAGGAUAAGAUAGGAUGAUUAGAAUUGGG